GAGGGGCCGGACGAGGUCGCGGAGCUGCGCUGCGCAGCGUGGCUCAGCGGGAGGCCUCGCGGCCGGCUACCGGAGACCCGUGCGGGGCGGAGAAGCGCGCCUCUCAGCCUCCUCUCCGCGCCCCUGCGUUCCCCGUCGGCCGCCCGAAGAGGACCGGAGGAGGCAGGAUGAGAUGCUGCCAGGUGUGUGGGACGGGCUGGACCGCACGGCGGAACUGAGUUCCGGCCCCCGCUCCGCAGCUCCAGCCUUGACCGCCCCGACGCCCUUGGGAGAGCCUCUCGCGCGCAGUGAUGGGCAGCGUGCUGUACCCAGCCCUUCGUGGUUUUCCUGAAAGGGGCCUCUUCACAUCUCUCAUGCCUCCCCUUGCUUAUUAAGCUGUUUGAGAAACCUUUUGCCGGUGACUUUCUAGAAGAUGACCAUAGAGGACCUUCCGGAUUUUUCAUUAGAAGGAAGUUCUUUGAUUGGAAGAUACCCAUUUUUAUUUCAAGGUUCUGAUCCACCAGUUAUCUUUUCCAUUUCUGCAGCACCAAUGCCUUCAGACUGUGAGUUUUCUUUCUUUGAUCCUAAUGAUACGUCAUGCCAGGAAAUUCUCUUCGAUCCCAAAACUUCUGUAUCAGAAUUAUUUGCCAUUUUAAGACAGUGGGUUCCUCAGGUCCAACAAAAUAUUGAUGUUAUUGGAAAUGAGAUUCUUAAGAGAGGUUGCAACGUGAAUGACAGAGAUGGAUUGACAGAUAUGACUCUUUUACAUUAUACUUGCAAAUCUGGAGCUCAUGGUAUUGGUGAUGUUGAUACAGCUGUAAAAUUUGCAACUCAACUUAUUGAUCUGGGAGCAGAUGUUAGUUUGCGGAGUCGCUGGACAAAUAUGAAUGCUUUGCAUUAUGCUGCUUAUUUUGAUGUCCCUGAACUUAUAAGAGUGAUUUUGAAGACAUCUAAACCAAAAGAUGUGGAUGCCACUUGCAGUGACUUUAAUUUUGGAACAGCUCUGCAUAUUGCUGCAUAUAACUUGUGUGCAGGUACUGUGAAAUGCUUAUUGGAGCAUGGAGCAAAUCCUGCAUUUAGGAAUGACAAAGGACAGAUCCCUGCUGACAUUGUCCCAGACCCGGUCGAAAUGCCCUUAGAAAUGGCCGAUGCCGCGGCAACUGCUAAAGAAAUCAAGCAGAUGCUGCUCGAUGCGGUGCCUCUGUCAUGUGAUCUCUCAAAGCCCUUGCUUCCAAAUUACGAUCGUGUUACUAGCAAGGUGAUGCUGACGUCACUUGGCCUGAAGCUGGGGGAUCGUGUCGUUAUUGCAAGACAGAAGGUUGGAACAUUAAGAUUUUGUGGAACAACUGAAUUUGCAAGUGGGCAGUGGGCUGGCAUUGAGUUGGAUGAACCAGAAGGAAAAAACAAUGGAAGUGUUGGGAAAGUCCAGUACUUUAAAUGUGCCCCCAAAUAUGGUAUUUUUGCACCCCUUUCAAAGAUAAGUAAAGCAAAAGAUCGAAGGAAGAAUACAGCACACACUCCUUCUACAAAAGCUGUACCUCUCAUCAGGUCCCAGAAAAUUGAUGUAGCUCAUGUAACGUCAAAAGUAAAUACUGGAUUAAUGACAUCAAAAAAAGAUAGUGCUUCAGAAUCAACACUUUCAUUGCCUCCUGGUGAAGAAUUGAAAACUGGAGCAGAGAAAGAUGUUACCCUGCUUGGAUCCGUCAGCAGCUCUUCCUCUACAUCUUCUUUGGAGCACAAACAGAGUCACUCCAAGAAACUGAACGCAAGUGGCAAUAACAAGAAGACAAUGAGCAAAAGCCCUUCUGUCUCAUCUAGAGCCAGUGCCGGUUUGAAUUCCUCAGCAACAUCUGUAGCAAAUAAUGCACGCUGUGAAGGAGAACUCCACCUUGGAGAUAGGGUGUUGGUGGUAGGCCAGAGAACUGGUACCAUUAAGUUCUUUGGGACAACAAACUUUGCUCCAGGAUAUUGGUACGGUAUAGAGCUUGAUAAACCCCAUGGCAAGAAUGAUGGUUCAGUUGGAGGUGUGCAGUACUUUAGUUGUUCCCCAAGAUAUGGAAUAUUUGCUCCUCCAUCCAGGGUACAAAGGGUAACAGAUUCCCUGGAUACUCUUUCAGAAAUUUCUUCAAAUAAGCAGAAUCAUUCUUAUCCUGGUUUUAGGAGAAGUUUCAGUACAACUUCUGCUUCUUCCCAGAAAGAGAUUAACAGAAGAAAUACUUUUGCCAAGUCGAAGCCCGCUCUGCGCCGCAGCUGGAGCGGCAGCACCACGGCCGGCGGCCUGGAGGGGAGCGUGCGGCUGCACGAGGGCUCCCAGGUCCUCCUCACCAGCUCCAGCGAGAUGGGCACCGUUAGGAGGCAGUAGGCCUUAGCAGAUGAACGGAGUGGGGCAACCGCUGGAGCACGUGUCAAGCGGAAGGAGCUGAGGAGUGGACAGCGGACGGCGCUGCAGGCAGACCCGGUACCUGCGGUUCUCCUACCCUGGUGGUGCCGUCUUUACAUGGAAGGGUUACACGCUUGUUUAUGUUUACUGAACAGCUGAAGCGGGGAGAGUCAUCGCUCUGGUGCUGUGGUUCGAGUCCGUGUUCCUCCCUGCCCCCAACUCCAUGCCGUAGUCUUUUGUUGCACUGAGUUUUUCAAAUGUUUCAAAGCUGUUAAGCUAGGGCUAAAAAUAGCUUUGUACUUGAGUGGUGCAUUAAAACUUAAACACACCUAUUCAGGAUACCAAAUCAAAAUAGAAUCUUAAUAGAAGCCUUACCAGUUCUUGAUAAUUAUCUUUUAUUUUAGGGCAUCUUGUGGAGGAUUAUGGGAAUGCUGGUUUCUGUUUUGUAUGUUCACACAACAGCUUAGGGAACCAUCUGCUGCAAUGAAAUUAGCAAAGUCAAGUUGUAUGUUCUUUGGGGACCCAUUUAAAAAGUCAUUAGCUAAAGACAGAUUGACAACACACUUCAUACAUUUUAUGAAUUUUGUCAUAGGAAGUUUGUUAUUCAGAGUAGUCUAAAUUCAUAAGCAUCAUGUUUUAGGUCUACAAAGCUCAUAUGAAUUUUAGUCCUACUAUUACUGGAGAAAAAUCUAGCAAAAUAGCCUGAUCCCUUAGAAUUUCUUAGUGGUGUGCCCUGUGAAUUUGGAUGUAAAAGCCUCAUAUUUUAUGGACAAAAGUUAAUCUGUGGUUACAUAAUAUCUCACAGCUGUAGAGUUUACCAAGCACUAUAUAGAGAGGCCAGAAAUUUUUUAAAAAGAAUUCAUCAAAUGGGUUAAAUAGCUUCCUUUGAUGCUUAUUUUUUAACACUAAGUGUGGUAGAGAGUCUUUACAUUCUUCUUUUGCCCUGAAAGGACUUGGUUCUGGUAGGGUUCUUGCUACUGUCAUUAAACAAGUGACAGGCAAAGCCAGCGUGGCACAGAAGGGGAGCCGGGAGGGCCAGACGGGAGUGGUGGGGAGGGCAGGUGAGUAGAGAGACACGCUGACUGUUGAAAUUCUCCCCACACCCAACCCAAAUCACUUGGGAAUUCAAGAGGUAUGAGAGGGAGUGCUUGUGCUUUCACACAAUUUAUAAUCUUCCUGAGGGGCAGUGAGAAAGGGACGUUAUUAUCCUCAUUUUGUACAAUAUAUGGAGACACUGAGGUAUAGACAGGUCUGAUAACCCAGGGAGAGCCAGGACUCACAUCCUAACGGGCUAGAGAAUCUGGUCUUUCAACUACUAAGUAUACCUUACUCUUUCUAAAACAUAAAGUUCAUUCCUGCUAUGUUGAUUUGCUAUAAUUUUGAGGUGCCACAUAUUGGCACUGGUCAUUCCUCACAAAUUGCUGAUUUCCCAAUGGAAUGAUUGUGAACUUCUGAUGAGCUUCUUUAUAGACAUGGAAUAAGAAUAAUUAUACUAGCUUAUGGUUUAAUUAACAUAACAUCUACAGACUUUUACUUGUGCCUGUUCAUGUUCUAGGUGGAACUUUGCAUCAUAAUUAAUAAAUAUGUGAGUCCACAGCAUCUGUACAAAUUGCUGGAGCCACAUGGCUGGAGCAAUCUUGAGUGUACAACAGUCCAGGUUAAUACGGUGCCAAUACAUGGGCUUGCAGCGAGUUAAAUAAAACAUCUUGAGGACGUCAUAUCUCAGUGUGGAGUUGUUUAUUUUCCACGUAUACAAGCUUUUAAGAUUGGACUAUCAUUUACAUGAAAAUUGAUACCAAUAAAGAUGAUUAGAGAGAAUCGACAAAUCAAUCUCAGUGGUAGUAAGGCACAACCUGAAAAUGUAAUGGGUCUGUAGUUUUCAAGAAGAGAAAGGGAUAAGAUUUUUUCCUUGUUAAUGAAGGAGUUGGCUAUUUAACCAUAUAACAUGCUCCCUGUUUCACUGGUUACUGGUGUUACAAAUAUAAAAUGAAAUUGUUCUUCUCAGUUUUGACAGCUUCUCUGUCAUCCUUUUAGGAGAGUGUUUUUCAAAGUGUGAUUCUUGGACCCCUUCAGGUGGUUUACAAAUUAGACUAAUGUUUAUAUAAUUAGACUUUACUUUGCACCGGGCAUGAGCUAAAACUUCAUUGAUACAGGUAUUUAGAGAUGAGUUCAUUGAUGUUUCAUCUUCACGUGUGUCUGAUGCAAAUAUUUUUGGCAGUUAAAGGAAAAGUGGUGUCCAGGGUAUCAGCGCUUCUAGAGAUGUGCAGAACUACUGACUAGGGCAAGGCUCUGCCAUAGGAGGACUCAACACUCACUGGUCUAGUGUUGGCUUAGAACAGAAUGGCUUUCCCACAUCCAGAGUGAGACUUUUGAUGUAGGUGAAAUUAAGAAGGUAGGAGAAAAGGUAGAUGAACACUGUCCUUUCGCUCGGGAAUGCUUAGUGCCUAACAAGCGAUAAAAAAUGCUUUCUUCCCAAAGUGAUGUUUUGGCACAGCUACCACCAGAAAAGAAACUGGGUAAGAGAACGAAGGGGAGCAGAAAGAAAGAAUGAGAUGACAACUUACUGAUAAAGCAUCACUGCAUAUGUACAUGUGUAAGGUUUAACAGAUUCCCAACUCCUUUGCGUGGAGAUAAAUUUCAUCUGCGAAAACCAAGUUCAGAACUCCCAUUGUAAUAUGUCACUGCCAACCUCAGCACUCCAAGUGUUCCUUAGUUCCUUUACUCAUUGCCACCCAGAGAAAAAAUUCUGUUCUACCCUGUAUUUGACAGGUAUACAGAUUAUGCUAUGU